AUGACGAUUCUACCGAAGAAGAAGCCGAGCUCGACGGUCGGAGUAUCGGAUCACCCCGACGAGGCGGACCGCCGGACCUGUUCGGACUCCCAUUCCCUCCCUCACCAGCAUGGAGCGCGAGUAGGAGUGAGGCCCAGAGCCUCUCCGCCACCCUGGUCCUACCAAGCCGCCCCUCCGUCCUCCAGGGAGGAUAGGCGAAGCGAGGCUAACCCGCGGUCUCAGCAGGCCUCUCCUCAGCCCGUGGGACCGGCGUCGCCUUCCAGACCGGGCGACGGGAGCGGCGGCACGGGUGUGUCGUGUGUGGUGGGCGUUCGCGGGGAGCUCUCGAGCAGCGCCGGGGUCGGCAGCUGCUGCUCCGGGCCUGGGCUGAGCAAGAGGCGGCGACAGACGGUGUGUACCGGGGGAGUGUCCGGCGUCGUAGUCGGGGGCAGCGCGGCUGGUGGAGGUACCCCCAGCUGCCCCGAGCCGGAGGAAGGAGCCGGAAACAACAGCGAGGACGAGUACGAGAACGCGGCCAGACUGCAGGCCAUCGAUCCGACGACAGCCGAGCAGCAGGAGGAGUGGUUUGAGAAAGCCUUGCGAGAAAAGAAAGGGUUUGUCAUCAAGAAGAUGAAGGAGGAUGGAGCGUGUCUUUUCAGAGCUGUUGCUGAUCAAGUUUAUGGGGACCAAGAUAUGCAUGAUUUGGUCAGAAAACACUGUAUGGAUUAUCUGAUGAAAAAUGCAGAUUAUUUCUCAAAUUAUGUCACUGAAGACUUCACUACAUAUAUCAAUCGGAAGAGGAAAAACAACUGUCAUGGCAACCACAUUGAGAUGCAGGCAAUGGCUGAGAUGUAUAAUCGUCCAGUGGAGGUUUACCAGUAUAGCACAGAGCCAAUCAACACAUUCCAUGGCAUCUAUCAAAACAAUGAUGAACCAAUCAGAGUUAGCUACCAUCGUAAUAUUCACUACAACUCUCUUGUCAACCCUAGCAAAGCCACUAUUGGAGUAGGGCUUGGGCUGCCUGCCUUUAAGCCUGGGUAUGCAGACCAGUCGCUAAUGAAGAAUGCCAUCAAGACCUCGGAGGAGUCCUGGAUCGAGCAGCAAAUGCUGGAGGACAAGAAGAGAGCUACAGACUGGGAGGCGACCAACGAGGCCAUUGAGGAACAGGUGGCACGGGAAUCCUACCUGCAGUGGCUGCGGGACCAGGAGAAACGGGCGAGACAGCCACGCAAGGCCAGUGCAGCAUGCAGCUCAGCCACAGCAGCAGAAUCUAGUGUUCCUGAGGACUGGAGCAGCCGCUCACCCCGGCAGCGUGGCUCAGAUGCGUCUCCUGAGCAUUUGGGUUCCUCCCAUUCUGAAAUGCCUGCAAAGUCUCCCUCCACUGCUGGAGCAGCCUUGGUCAUACCCAAGCCCCCUUCACCCUGUGCUCCAGGUCCUAGUAGCCAGUUCUCGGUGGGUCAGGACAGAACUACAUCCUCCCCUCUGGUGUCACUGUACCCUACUCUCGGGUACCGUGCGAUCAUGCAGGAAAUGUCACCGACUGCCUUUGGUCUAACAGACUGGGAAGAUGAUGAAAUUUUGGCCUCUGUGUUGGCCGUUUCACAACAAGAGUACCUCGAUAGCAUGAAGAAGAACACAGCACACAGAGAGCCUUCUCCAGACAGCAGUUGAUAUGAUGGAUUUCUUCCCCUAAGUCAUCUCAGCAUUUUUUGGUGUUGACCUCUAUUCUCUCCUCUGCCUCUUAUAACCCAACCUGUAUUGUACCACUAUAACCAUGCUUAUACCUUUAUAAUACAAAUUAUAGUAGCAGACUUAUUUAGAUGCAUGUUUAAAUAAAAUCAACAGCAUCAUAGAAGAAAUGUCCACAUACAUACUAUUCAUUAUUAAGGAACAAUUUGUUUAAUAUGUUUAAUUUCCUUUUUCAGGAAAAAUUGAAUAAGUGCUAAAUUUGUUUCCUCACUUUUUUUAGAUUUAAAUUUAAGAUGAAGCACGUCCUUUUUUUUCCCCCGUUGAACAAUGUAUAAUCAUAAACAUAAGUUUACAGGAAGGCAAAUACAUAUAUUGGUAUUUAUUUUACCACAUUCUAACAGCACAUUCUUUGCAUGUUUUCAUUAAAAUGAGGUGAUGUAUAUGUUGGCAUAAUUGUUAGCAUUUUUUUCCAAUUUCUUUAAAGCAUUGAGAAAAAUUCCAGGGAAAAACAUGUUAAGGUAAUAUACAUAGUUUGUGCAACAAUUUUAUAAGAUUUUGGGAAAGCAUUUUUGGUGGUUUUUCAACUUAAUCAAGUUAAUGGAAACCAGCAAGUUUAAGUUUAUGCAGAAACCAAUAAAAUGAACGAAAAUGUGAG